UGAUACAUCUACGGGGUGGGUUUUCUUUGUACGUGUGUGCAUAGGGAAUGAAGCACACAGCCGGGAAAUAGUAUAUUUCUCCGCAAAAAUGCCACUAUAGCAUUCAUUUUUUGCCAGCAAAUCGCACCGGAAGGAUGGACGAGGAAAAGGGGGAACCGAAAAGGCCGCUGGAACUUAGAUUACACAGCCCAGCCGGCGCCGAACCUGCGAUUUAUACAUGGCCACUGCAGCACACGGACAAGAAUGACGGGGCAAAUGAGAUCGUUGACACGAUCAAAUGGGUGUGCGAAGAUGUCCCAGAAAUCAUGGCUGCCAUGCAGAAGAAUGUGCUCAAUGACUUUGACACAAAAAGUUAUGAGAGUAUGCACACACUAUGUGAAAAGUACAACAGAGCCAUUGAUGCAGUCAGACAGUUGUGGAAAGGGACGACGUGCAUCGCUCGGCCGGACAAAGCGCGGACAACGCGGGACCACCUGAAGCACAUCAUGCAGCAGGUCUACAGCCACGCCAUCGACGAUCCCGACAGGCUGAAUGCCUAUGAGCCGUUCUCGCCCGAGGUCUAUGGGGAGACGUCCUUUGACCUUGUGGCCCAGAUGCUGGAACAUGUGGAGAUAUCACCAGACGACACCUUCAUUGACCUUGGCAGUGGUGUGGGCCAGGUGGUUCUGCAGGUAGCGGCAUCAGCGAAGUGCAAAGUGACCUAUGGCAUAGAGAAAGCAGAUGUCCCCGCCGCAUAUGGAGAGAUAAUGAUGAGAGAGUUUGAGCGCUGGAUGAAGUGGUACGGCAAAGAGUACAGUCCCUACGAGCUGCACAAGGGCGAUUUCCUGUCGGUCGAGAUGAAGGAGAAGAUUGCCAAUGCCAACAUUAUAUUUGUCAACAACUUUGCAUUUGGCCCGACCGUCGACCACAAGUUGAAGGAGCGGUUUGCCAACAUGAAGGAGGGAGCUAAGAUUGUCUCGUCUAAAGCAUUCUGUCCCCUCAACUUCCGAAUCACUGACAGGAAUUUGAGUGAUAUCGGCAGCAUCAUGCAUGUGGUAGAGCUUUCCCCCCUGAAAGGCUCUGUGUCUUGGACAGGCAAGCCAGUCUCUUACUACCUCCAUACGAUAGAUAGAACAUUGCUUGAGAAGUAUUUCCAGCGCUUAAAAGAUCCUAAACUCAGGGAAGAGGAAUACCAAAACUGGAAGAACCGUAACCGCCGCGGGCAGGAGUACAACGCCAGCAGGAACCUUGAUUUCAGCCGCAACUCCAGUGACAGCGAGUCAACGGUCGUCGGCCCCACAACGAGGCGCAAGUGGACAGAGUGGAUCACCAAGGACAGCAGCAAGGAGAAUGUGGAUAAGAACUCGGACAAGGUGCAGAAUAGUCGAGAUCUGUACCUUAAUCAUUACAGCUUCCCAAAAACCUUGGCCUCAGAGAGUUCAGAACCAUCCAAGCGGAGGCGGAAAUGGAAGAAGACACCAAAUCGAGUACAAGAGACAAAACGCAAGAGAGGCCGCCCUCCCAAGACAGCAAAGAACCAAGACGAAAACACCGUCACCAAGAAGCAGUCGGCUGUCUUAGGACUGGAAGCUCUCCACCAGCAUACCGUGUCGCUGAGCCAGUCCCCGCCUGACAAGAAAGAUUCGAGGCAAAUCCACAAUGCACAGUUCAACCUCCCCAGCAUGGUCACGUCCAAGAAAAAGCUGAAGACGAGCCCGACAACACUGAGUACGAAACAGCAACACAACGUCGAGAAAUCGCUGGACAGGUUAUUAGAAUCCUACAAGCACCAGAUGUUAGAUUUUGUCACCUACAUGAGGAGUCCUGACUAUCUAAGGCUUUUACAUGUACAGCUGGAUCAAGAAAGGGCACGGAAAGACCAACUUGGGGCCAGACAGGAGCAACUGGAAAGGCAGAUUGACCAUCUUCGGCAGGACAGCAUGAAGCUGCUGAAUAUACGACUGGACGAGCUUGGCAUUGAAGCCAAGACACCGUCGGAGCUGGUGGAGAAGUCCAAAGAAAUUGUCGGCAAGCACAGGGAGCUGCAGCUGCAAUGUGAGGCGCUACAGCACCAGAUCCAAUCCAUCGAGGACGCCAACGAGAAACUGGUGCGUGAGAGCCAGCAGGAUGUCCUGAACCACUCCAAUCCGACAUCGCUGAUAACGGAACAGAUCAUCCAGGAGUAUAAUCAGCAGAAGCAUCUACGCAAGGAGCUGGAGAAGCUGGAGUCCGAGGUCCAUAAACUGGAGAAGAUGUCGUCGGCGCCAGGUGACGAUCAUCUGGCCAGUCAGGUGAAGCGCUCUGCUAAGCGCAGCUCAGGAAGCCCAGUGGGUCUUGUCAAUGGAAGCUUGGAGCACCGUAGAAAUAAUUCUCUGAGUCCUGCCCGAUCUAAGGGAAUCAGCUCCAACAGUCCUUCGCCAACAGCCCUGGUUACCAAAGGCUUGCCUCCCAAUCUGUCGCCGCGGUCGGCUGCUCUUGCUGCUGGCAUGCAUGACUACACACACCUGUCGCCGGGGAAGGCAGCACUUCACCGCAGGCUGUCCGGGUACGACUUGAGCGCCAAGGACUCAGCGGGGAAGCAGCCUGUCACAGCCCAGAGUGCCUCUGGAAAGGAACUGUCGCCAAACGGGGAGUCAAAAGAGAAGAGCAAAAGUGGAAAGGAGAAGGUUCAGGGAGGCUUUGCCAUCUUGGCUGGGCUCCAGGCGCUGCCUGCCAGUGGCAUGAUGACCUCUACACAGAUACCUGCGUCAAGAACGACCAUGAAUGGCUUGGAGACAGCAAAAGAAGGUGCCCUGCUCAACAAAGGUGAAGCUGUAAAUCAAAGCAUUGGGCUGAAGGGGCCGAAACCCCCACGGGACGUGUCGCAUCCUGACCUAACCCAAAUCAUUCCCCCUGCUUCUAAUGCUAUGGCCACCUCGGUCAUCACCUCUAUCGGGUUAGUCAGAGCCCUCCCCCAGACCCCCAUAACUGUCCAGACCCCUCUGACAACCCAAACUACACCGCAGAUGCCCCUAAUCAGCCCUCUGGACAUUAAGCACCGGGGCCUUUUCAACGUCUUGGUCACCAACCAGGUGAGCAAAAUAAAGGAGGCUAGCAUGACUCCUCUGGAGCCUCCACUCAGUCCCCAAAACGUCACCCUCUAUCCAAGUGAGCCCAGUAGCACCCAGACCCCAGUCAGCAGUACUGCAACUGUUACUACCUCGCAGAGCAAUGCAAGCUCGCUAUCCCAGGGCACAUCCAAUCCAGCUGCCCACUCCAUCCUCUUGCUGGACACUGCGGCCGAGAAGCCACAACCAUCCACAGAUCCGUCCACCAGCCAGCCUUCGGCAAAGCCCUCGCCAAUCAUAACCACAGCCACUACAAUAUUAACCCAGCCCCCGCAGCCGGUCCGGUCUAGGAAGGGCCGCAAGCGGGCAGCAACGAAUGCCAUGGACACCGCAUUGCCUUCGAAGAUGAGUGCCGUGGUCCGCCAGGGGAGCCUGGAAUCGCAGGACAGUAUCCUCACCAUGCUGACUAACGUCAACCAGCCACUGGGCAUCAGUGCAAUUCCCUCCCCAGAGGGUAAAAUGUCCUCCCUGGAUCGCUCCACCGGGCGGGAGGCACAAAAAGGAAAAGUGAAAUCUACAUCUAGGUCUGCCCUCAAGAACAAAUUGUGCAAGCUAGCUUCUGCAGAGACCAAAGCAGCAUUGUCUGCUGUCAGGGUGGUUUGUAGAACUCCAGACCCAAUGAAGGAGCAGGGCAGUGAAGUGGACAGACUGCCCUCGCCUGUUUCCCCUGAGCCAGCCAGGCCAAAGGUCAAGGAGUCCCCUAACACAAAGAAGCUACAGGCCAAAAUCAGCAGCGGAUUUGAUGCCCUGGCGGCCUUUGCCUCGACAGAGCUGGACCGCAGCAAGCAAAUCCGCCGCCAGAGUGCCGGCAACAGCCCCGAGAACCAGGGUCGGAGGGAUGCCUCCAAGAGCCCCCUGGGUGCCGGGGGACGUUCACCUCAUAUACUGCCUCAAGUGGGCAGCCCAGAAGGGGGAAACCUGGAUGGCUACAAGAACCCCAAGAAGGGGCCCUCAGUCUCCUUCAGUCGGGAGGAGGGCCCUAAGAAAGGAGGCACACCCAUGAUCGCCCUGAUGUCCCAGGUUGGAGUGAAGGGCGAUGGGGUUGUGCCCCACCAGAACAAUGCUGCAACCACAAACCAAGGUGCCAAUAUGCAACCAUCACUACCAAAUGCUGCAGACGGUGUGCGGUUUGGGGAGACCGAGCACCAUCUUAUAUCGGAGGACGAGGACGAUGUCCAUGUGGAUGUGGAAGAGACAGACUCUGUCCAUGAGCUGCUGAAGCCACGGACGCCUGGCUGGAGACGGAUGGCAGAUGAGGAGGCUCUCCGUUACGUCGACGAUGAGAAAGAAGAAGAGCCUCCUUGCCAGCCAGACAAACCCAGCAGUUUCUCUGACCAGGCAGGGAUAAAUGGAACCACUCAGCCUUCGUCAGCUACUCCACCCAACCCACCAAAGACCCAGCAAAACUUUGGGGCGGGCAUCAUAUCUACUCAGCCUCAGGUGUCUUUGCAGACGUCGACUACAAACCGUGUGAUGAGUAGCUCUGGUCCUAUUCAGGUCUCCAGCUACAACCAAAAUACAGCAUAUGUAUCGCCAGCAGUUUCUCAGCCUCAGGCAGGGGGUUUGGCUGAAUUUAUAUCUGGUCAGGGUAUGCCAACAGGAUCAGGGAAUCAGGUCAUCAGGAAUGGUUUACCUUCCAAUACGUUACAGCAGGGCCCAAGCCUGUCCAUAGCUGUCCCUCCUAAGCAGGUCCAGGCAACCAAGAUGGGCGUGACUUCACCCACUGGGAGCCGAUCGUUUGCUGCCAUCACUACAGUCGCUGAUCCCAAAAGCGUGUCCAACUCAGUUGCAAACAGCGUUGCAGAGGUCACACUGGCCGACCAGUUCCACAAGAAGUUCUCCCGGAAGGAAGGCCGGAAGUUCGGCAAGCUGUGGCAGCAGCACCAACUGAAUCCAACCAAUGACCCCAAGAUUAAUGUGUCGGGUCAAGCACAGGGUAAAUCAGCAGAUGGAACUGCUGGAGGAAAAGAUUACCAACAGACUGAGGACAAGUGGCGGCGACUGCACCAUCCUGACACCUGUAACAGUGUGCAGUCUAGUGUGGCCCCGAGGUCUUCUGCCGGCCUCCAGCAAAAUCAACACCAGUUGUCUGCCUUGUCGCACUACACGCCCGUCUCAAAUGCAACCGAUCCUUCAGUCCGCUGUGCACCAAUUCUGCAGCCCGGUUACACCAGCCUGUCUGCCUCCAGCCAGAAGCUCUCCCAUCCGCGGUUGGUCGGGGAGGGCCAGACGGGCAACAAGCAGUACUCCAACAGCUGGGAUGGACGCUCUGCUGCGGACAGUAUAUCACCAACUGGUGCUUCCUACCAGCGCAGCCAGCAGGAGACCAGAGGUAGUUACCCGACAGGGGUCAACACACCAUACAUUGAACUCAAAUCACAGCAUCAGAGAAACGGACCCACCCAAGGAUCUACUGGACAGUUCAAGAGUACUGGAGAUGCCAAUGCAGCACCCAAGGCAAAGCACAUAGGAGUGUACAAGGCAAAGGAUGCCUCAGCCAAAUCCUUCAGUCAGGCAAACGCGACCGCCAGUUACCUCAACAAUGCCUCGCUUUUUUCCAAUAACCCGCAUUACAGCAACUCGCUGCCCAAAACUGGCCCAACAGUGCCACACAGUGCACCGGCUGCCUCGUACAAUCAUGCCCAAAGUCUUCCAAAUCGGGGCGUCGGUGUACCCCUGCAGUCGCCGCGGUCCAACUACAACCACCACACCCCCUCACCGACCUCCCCAAACCACUUCCGGUCACCCUACCCGAGCCCCACCCACCAGAACCGGGUGAUGUCGCAGGGCACUACACCUCCCUUGGCCUCGCCAACAGAGCAGCCUCCCCCACCCCCGCCUCCACCCCCGAGGAGUGAGGACCCCAAUCCUCCUCCCCCGCCUCCUGGAAGACCCUUGCCCCCUCGGAUCAGCAGCAUGCGGCCAGGCAUGGCCAUGUCACCGGGCUUUCCCAUGCUGUCACCCUACACCAUCCCCACAAGGCCAGAGAUGGGAAUGCCGACGUACCUCCACUCCUCUUACCCCCAUCCCCACCCACAGGCUAACCUGUCAGGAUUCACCACGCCCAAUGCCACGGCUGGUUACAUCAUGCAGUAUGGCAGCACACCCAGAUAGGCGAACAGGUUUCAAAAGAGCAAGCUUGGAUUGUUUCUCCAAAGAAGCAAGUGUUUGAUGAAAGGAUCCAUCAGAGCCAGCUUUGCAGCACCGCCUUGAAGAGAAUGGAGCAGCUACCAGUGGCUCACAGUACGCAGCCUCACAACCUGGUUGGUCAGUAAAGCAUCUCCUCUUUAUAACUUAACCAUUUAUGCACUGUCUGGUUGCCGUUGACAACCAGGGAACCCAACUACACUCAGCUUUUGAUGUGUGAUAAAAUUUGAGAAAAAAAAACAGAAAAAGAAAUGCACAAGCGCAUUUAAUACUUCCAUAGAAAACUUUUUAUAGCCGAAAUGUAGGUAUGCACUAAUAAAAGACAUACACAUAGUAUUAUACAAAGGAUACUGCCAAAUACUCUAUAUGGUUAUUUUCCACAAGGGAGUGUCAUCAGAAGGGAUACUACAAACUGAAGUAGAUAAAUAUAUUAAGUAAAUAGUGAGGGUAUAUUUUUCAGUCGUGUUGUCUUAGACACAGAUUAAUCACUGUAUGUAGUAAAGAUUAGUGCAUUGUGGAGUGAUGCAUUCUGGGAAGUCAGAGUAGUGAGAGUGCCCAGCUUAUGUUGUCAGUCUGAAACGGAGUUCAAGACAUUUGGACUUGUCGUGUUGGUUCUUCUGAUCGGCCAAGGGCCCAGCCAAGGGAGCGUUGCUUCCUUGCACACCAUGACUUGUUUGCAUCCUGAAUGCAGGUCCUUUUUUGGUGGGUUGAAAGCCUUCAGACACACAUGCACACACAUUUGACGGUACUGCUGUGUGUAUAUGGAGAUCGUGCCCGGAAGAAGCAUACCACGACUCAGCACAGCGUACACUAGAAUGUCCGCUUCUGUUCCUUCCCAGUAGUCACAUGCACUAGGCAUAUUUUAGUGAAAGCAACAAAAUCACUGCCAGGCAACGUUUGUAGUUUACUCUUAGUUCAGGGGUUUCAAAGAGAACUUCUAAUUCUAAAAGAUAUGAGAUAUUUUUGUGAACAGAAUGAAUAUAUAGGAAUGUAGAUUAAUUAUAAUGAUUACCGAGGACACCUUGAAAUUAAGGAGAACUAAUUUCAUUGUUUCCAACUAUGAAUACGGAAGAAUGAAAUCUUUCACAUACAGAUGCAGUGUUGGAAUUGUAAAGUGUAGAAAAGCGUAUUUUUUUUUCCUGGAAUCAAUGUGAAAUUUAGUGGAUAGUCACUCACUUAGUGGUCUUUGCGUUCUGUUGAAGCAAAGCUUAAAUGUGCUGUUCAGGAAAGCACAAUAGUUCCAAACAAAAGUGGAAUUAUGAAAUCUGACAACUUCAGAACAAGCCGAAAUGCUUGCAUGGGUUGCAGAAGAACUUAUGAAGAGGAUCUGAAUUGUCUUGGCACCCUGCAUCAGAAUGCCAUUUCAGCUGCUUUUCGGACCCAGAAGUUGUUUUUGCCACCAUCCCUAGACAGUUUUAUUUUCAGGUGAUAUAAGGUUCUCGCUCUCAAUUGUGGUAUAUUUCAUGCUUUGGCAUCCUUAUGUGUUCUUUUUUGUACACAAGUAGUUGACCUGCUUAGUUUAAGUUAGUGAAAAUUUAACAAAUGCCUUUUUUUUUGGUAGAUCUGUUUUGUGUCAGAUUCCCUCAUUUUUGAUUACAUGCUGCACGUGUUAAAAUGCUGUCUCUGAUGUGGUGCUUACAGUGGAGACUUUAAUACACUACUUCUUGUAUAGGCUUGCCCAGUGUAAUGCAAUUUUGUGAUAUUGAUAAUUAAUAGAAAUGUUCAAAGGGACCAAAAUAAUGUUAGAUUUGAAUAGCUGUGUAUGAAGAUUAUACUGUAUUAAGAUGUAUUUAUUGAUCUUGUAUCCUAGUUUAACAAUUGAAUGCUAUUUUUUGUAUUAUUGGAAAAAGUCAACAAUUCAAGUUGGACUUACAAGAUGGAUCCACGUUCGAAUUUGUACUAGUUUUAGAUUUUGUGAGUGCAGUGCACAGGGCAAAUUUCUCAUGGCAUUAGGGUUCCUUUUCUGUUGUUUUCCAAUUUCAAGAGUGUUAUCUUCUGUCGUACUUUCUUCGAUUUUGUUUUUUAAUUUUCAUUUUGCAGUGAAAUCAGACGCCAUUUUACACUUUGAAACCAAAUUUUGGUUCUUGCUGCAUUUUUGUAUGAAUUUCAAUAUUAAUCCUUCGUCUGGUCCUAUGAUGUCAAAUGGAAAUGUGAAAGUGUGGAUAGAGUGAGCCGUUUUGAAGUUUUAGAAAUGUAAUUGAAUCUGAUGUUCCUAUUUCAAGGGAUGUGGUUUGACUUGAAGAAACAUAGCUCUUAAAAGACUUCCUUCAUGAAACAAAGUUAUGGUAGAGGAGAUUUUUUCCCAGAUUGUUAUUCAGUACUAGUUAUUCCGCAAUCUGCAUGUGGGGUUUGAAUAUUAAUUAGAUUGAGGUCAGAUGUCAUAGGUCAAGUUUCUUGCAUGAAAAAAAAAUGGGCAAAAUUGGCAUUGCCAUUGUUUUUUUCUGGAAAGUUGGUGUUGAAUGUUAUGAAAGAUACAUGUAGCGGUUCAGCCACAAGGUAGUUUUUGGGAAAGGUGGAGGCUUUUUGUGUGGUAUUUAAUCACCUUGUGAUCAGGCUUAACUAGUUUAGGUCAAAAUUGUGCAUGGCAAUGAAGAAAUUUAGUUGGCAGUGUCUGGUCUUUGGCCAGCAUUUAAUAACACUUUCUUUGCCCUCUUCCUGAGCUUUGGGUUCAGUCAGUGAAAGUUUGUUCCGUCAUUAAUUUCAUGCAUUUCCAUGUUUAAUUCAGAAAUAUCUCUCAGGUUUGGAGGAUUUUGUCAUAUCUUAUCUUAAUGACGCAUUUACUAUGUGGACACUGUAUCGUUGGAAAACCAGAGCAAAAACUAGAGUGUCCACUUUCUGGGUUUCCCUCACCAAAUUUUAUGUUCGUAGUGACCAUUGAGAGAAAUUGUUGGAGGUGCCAUCAAAAACCCAACGCCAUUGGGUAGCUGCUUCCAGAGUAGUGCAUGUCCUGUCCAGCUGUAACAAGCCAGGUUAUUGGACAUACUGUUGUAGGGCAGGUCCAAUCAGUUUACUUGUUCACUUCCUGAGUUUGACUCAAACCAAGAUUGAUCAGAUGAAUCCUAUAGAAAAUCCCACAGAAGACAUUACUGAAUUCUACAUGAAAAUGCAAACAGGAACAGGCAGUGAAAGCGGAAGGUUGCAUCCAGACAAAAGCUGCAGUCUUUGAUGUGAAGCUCCCAAUUGAAUAUACUUGGCUAUUUUGCCAGUACAAAAGUUUAAUUUUUCCCCAAACCAGUGAAAAUUAUAUUAAUACUUCAGUGCGACUUACAUUUCUGCAUUUCAACUUUUGCCAAUUGUGUAACUUCAACCCACACAGAGAAUGUACAUUUUAAAAUUUUGUUAAAGCAGAGACCUGUCUCAUUUUGUAAACUUGUAGCCCUUUUUCCGGUAGAUACUCAAAAAUACUUCAAAUUUCGUAAGGAUUUGAAACUGUGGAACUUGUAAACAUUUUUAAUAUUGUCCUGAAAUGCUGCAUUUGUAAUGGCCUAAUUUGCAAUGUGGUGCUAUUUGUUUAUAUGAAAAAAUAUGAAAUACUAUCACUGAACACUACCAAAAGCCACAGAGGCUAUAGACUUGAACAGUUAUUUUCCCCUAAUUUCUAAGCCUGAUUAUAUAAAUCUGUAUAUUGUUGUCGUUGCUUUAGUAACUAGACUUUAGGCUGACUUAUUUUGUGUACAGGAUUUUGUGCCUGUUAAGGUGGCCAUUUUUGGUUUUGUCACAUCUGACCGUUUCCAGUCAUAAAGUAAAUUAAUUAAAAUGACUUGAACAGUAAUUAAUUACAAGAUAACUAAUUCCUUUGUUUACCUGUACCAGCCACCAAGUGGCUUAGCAGGUGAAAUUAUGCCACGGGCUAGGAUUGACACCGAUCGGCAAAAUAAUCAAGAGAAACUGCCAGAAUUAUGAUGUUUUUCCAAAAAAAGUUUUGAGUUCAUCCUCUCUAAGACUAGAAAGUCAAUGUCUUUCAAACUCGGGCAGGUCACCUUUGGUGCCAAAAAAAAUGAAGAAAAAAUACUUAAUAUUGUAAACAACUGUAACCUAUGCAAGCAGAUCGUUCACUUCCAAAGAUUGAGUUGUCAAUCAAACUGGAAAAAUCAAAACAAUCCAUUACCUCACUGGUUUUGAGAUCAGCCAGAAAAAAUACUUGAAGUGUCUUCUGCAUACAUAUAAAAGCAGCUUGCCAGCAACUUGGUAGAAACUCGAGGCACGUUUGGUCGACGGCAGUAAACCCGCCUUUUGGUGCAUACUUUUCAGACUGUACAGCCGGUAUGCCAAUCCUAAACCCUGGCUUGACUUCAUAUUCGUUGAAACUUCCCCAAAAUGCAGUGUUUACAAGGAUUAGCUCUACCAAUCAGCCCUGGUAGACAUUUUUUCUUCAUAGGUAACUAUUUUGGUACAUUGUGUUUUAAUGUUCUGAAAACCUCUCUAAUUCGAAUCCAAAUUCUAGCCAAAUGAUGGUAUCAGUGUUAAUUAAAGCAGAUCUCACAAAUCUGUGGGAAUUGAGUCACAAUAGAGACUGUCUUUAUUUGUAAACAGAAACACAGUCUCACCCAGAAUUGCCAUGUUCGAGAUGACUUUUCAAUAGCCGUUUGUAGUUUUGACUAUUGAGCCAAAUCUGUUUGGGUUUUUAGUGUUAUUCUUAGUACCAUAGUGAAUAGCAGUUGACAGUGGUCAGAAUUUAACGUUACAUGUACUGUUAGAAUACUGAAGAGUUGCUGGGAAAACGGGUCAGCCGAGAUGCCAUUUCGUGAUACUUACUCUUUACUGUGGUGUUUGCUGCUGGUGUAAGUAGUUCAUUAGGCCCAUCGUAGUCCCGCAUCGUAUUUGGUUUACCGUAGCAACUUGUGGAUGAAAAUACAUUGUAGAGCCAUGGCAUUGACCUUUCCUUUGCGUACCCAUAGCCGCACUUUUUUGCCACCGCGGUACACAGUCCGCGGCCCGCCUCGUGCGGGUUGGCAAAACUAGGGCGGCUGGCGCAAGGAAAGAAAGUAACUCACAGUGGUUUUAACCAUACUGCGUGUUGCGGUGUAUCAUCAUUAACACACCGCACGACGCCUUUCCUCUUUGCAGAGGGCUAAGAGUGGCUUGAAACGUGCCAGCCAUGGCGGUUAUUUAUGUAGAGCAGGCUGCUCUUGCAAUAUGGCGCCAAAAAGUCGGUAGGGCCGCGCCUAGAAGUAGUAGUACUGAACUGAGUACCAGCCAAAUGCACAAACAUGUCGUAUUUCUGGCUGGUAAACCAACUUUUUGCGUGUGCUCUUUUAAUAGCAAUACGCUAGAUAGACGCUUGGGGCUCGGCUGGACGGAUCUUGUUGUACUUGGGAUCUUGAAAGAAACCAGCGAGUGCUGUGUCGCAGCCAUGCAUGAGAUGUUCAUUUGCGCGGUUUUCUGUGUACAUUCUUUUUUCUUUGCAACGGAUGUUGCAUUCUGUAGUAAUAAUUGUGAAAUAUUGUUACAUAGAAAAGAAUUGUUUAUUAACUCUUGGAAAUUCGGGUCAAUAAAUUAAUUGUAGAAAUGUAA